AUGACAGACGGAAGCCGUGCUUCCAUAAACCUCUCCAAGACCAGUGUGUCUGCAGUGGCGGCGGUCGGGUGCCAGAAUUCCCCGCCUUGCGGAGGAAUUGAAGGCCAUCGGGAAGGUAUGGCGCCAUGGCUAGACGUGCGCGGCGCGACAUUUCCGUCUCCGCUUUUCCCGCUUUUUUCUGAACCAAGAAUGGAGGCUCCCUCACCUCUUUCGUUCUUCUCCAAUCAAACUAACGUUCCGGAGGAGGCAACUGGAAUCACGCCUCAGGAUUCGCACACAUGCGUAUGCAAGAAACGCUGCCAGCUUGUUUUGUGUCUCGGCAGAAAGCAUCGUUGCAAUCCUCUCCAGAACCUAGACUGCCCCCUCGCCUUCGCAGUCGUUAAGCUGCUGAAGAACGGUCGAACAGAGGAUUCAGAUCUGGUGGAUAAAUUGGGUUAUGCCGGCGAGGAUGCUCAUGCCACAGCAGAAGAACCAAGGACAGUGACCGAUACACCGCAGACUGACGGGUGCCCUAUUAGAACUGCUGAGGCCGUUCUUGUCAUUUUCAAAGGGAAAUUCGCUACCCUGGUUCUAAAUGGAAUCGCUUCACUCGAAGACGCCUUGAUUUUGGAAGGCCUCCGAUGUCGGCCUUUUUUUCGCCCAGGAAAAAGAGAGGAUCUCUACUCUUGGGCUUCGGAAUGUCUUCAUCAACUCCGGAUGGGCCAGUCGGGAGGCGAGGAAGUCGCUGAUCCUGUGCUUCGACAUGUCUGCACCACACACUACCUCACUAUGGCCGAUGUCUAUGAUGAUGCCAAGAUCACAAUUCAACCUCAGUCCCCAUCUGGGCUCCCGGCCUUCAGCCUGAGCGCGCCCGAGUUGGUGACCUGCUCUGCGUUUCCGUCUUCGCUUCCGCUGCCUGACUGGCUGGUCACGCGCAAUGCGCAAGCUGCCCGGUCGAUCUUCGCGAGCCGCGUGCUGAAACGCUCGAGUGAUCUUCGGAAGUCUCAAGACUGCGCUGCCUCGUCUGCGUCCCUCGACGACAACCUAGGCGCGACUUCUUCUCCCGGCUCUCCUCGGCGCUCUCGGCGCACAACCGGCCCCUCGCGGGACUCGAAGACAGGCGGACGCUCCGCCUCUGCUUCUUGUGUUCCUCUCGAGCGAGAAGGAGAUGCAGAGACAGCCAGGGAAGGCAAGAGAACUAGUGGGCAGGCCUCAGGUGCCCGGGGGUCUGGAGCACGAGAGGGAGCCGCAGAUAAUGAAUAUGUCUACACCGAUCUUGCCAGUCUGCAAGCGAAUCGCGGGACGAAUCUGUACGGAAUCGUCUGGGAAGUGGGCAAAGCUCUGAUGCCCCAACCUAGCGGAAAAAGCCAGCCAGCACCGCCGAUCUUCCUCAUGAAUGUCGCAAUCUUCGACGAGACCGUGAAGUUCGACGUCGGCAGGGACACGGCGCCCGGCGGCUCUUCAGAGGAGUUCAGCCUCGCGCUCAAGGCGAAAGGCUGUCCUGCGGACAUCCCGUGCAUGUCGUGCGGUGACAUCGUCCGGGUCCACCGAUCCAAUGUGGGCAUGAAGUUGGAACACGACCGGAACUACGUGAACUUGAGCAGCGUCGUCGGCGUCACUUCGGCGCGAGUGUGGCCGAUUCAGGGCAUCGAAGAAGAUCCGACAGCAGAGAAUGGUGUAGUUGUCGGCAAAGCAGAGGCGACGACUCACUUUUCGGAAGAAGAUGUGUGCCGCAUUCGAGCUCUGCGGUAUUACGCCCAGCAGCUCCUUCAAGACAACCACCUCUUUACGACUCAGUACUACAAGCCUCUCGCUGAGCUUCAGAGGUGCAGCAGUGGGCCGAUGAUGCGCGAGGUCUACGGCGACCUCAUCGUUCGGGUGGUGAAGAGCAGCAUGACAUCGUGUUGCCGCCUGCUGGAUCUCGGCGAGCCUGAGGGCCUUUUUUCCGACUUUUCUUGGGUGCGGGGAGACUCUUCCUGUCCGGCACUGCGGCAGUUCGACUCGGAGCUCUCGGCCUAUCUGCUGUUGAUUGAGGACGCGUCGCUGCCGGGAGGCCUCGUCGCCGUAGUGAAUCUUUCUUCUGCGAGCGCCGAGCAGCUGUUUGUGUCGGAGAAUCCGAUCAAGGAGGGGCAAUGGCUGCGACUCCGGAACUUCAAAUGGUCUUCAUUCAGGCUCCACGACACGCUCUAUGGACGCAUUUACUUCUGCGUGCAACCGAGCAGAAGCGACUUGGCCCGAAUCACGCGCCUGCCCCACUUCGCACUCGACGCCCUCAGAGCCCAACGCGACCUCGAUCUUGCCCUGCAGGUCCUUGUCGAGGAAGAAGACAAACGCGACGCUGACGCCCAAGUGCAUGCACAAACGCAUGCAGACGCACAUGGAGGACGAACGCAGGCAGACGUGCAACGAGUUGCGCGAAUCGAGCAUCCGUGGGAGGAACGGCGAGAAAAAGUCACGGACGCGCGGGAUGAGCAGCAAGGGGUCGAGACAACAUGCGAGAGAGCUGCGCCGUCUGGCCAAGGCGAGGAGCACCCAGAGGAGAGUCUCCUCCCCGUCGGUGCCUUGCCUUGCCGCUUCGAGUUCUUCGUCCCAAAAGAGCUGCUCGAUCGGCACCCGUCGGUCUCAGUCUACAAAUGCCUCGACCCCCUUCUUGCUUCUUCGCGCCGCACAACGUCGCCUUCGCCUCGCCGCAUGCGGACGGGUCCGUUUCUUCUGAAGGAAAUGCAUGUCAUCGAUGUGGGUCCUCGAAGUCACAGCGCGAGCGUGGAUUUGCAGAAUCCCCGAACGUGGCUGACUGUUCAGUGUCUUAUUUGCCGCUCUUCUCGGCCGUUGGAGGCUUCCGAGCCAGACGGGGGAGAUGCAAGAGAUUCUUUUCUCUCCAGUGGAAGAGGCCGAGGAAGGCCUGUGGCGCGAGCAGAGAGAGAACACGCAACGCCUGACGAACCGCUCUGGUGUCCGACCUGCCGCCACAGAGACGCCGCAAUGCUUCUUGUCAUGUACGACUUCCGACUUGUUCUUGCAGACGCCCACGGGACCCAUCUCAUCGUCGAUCUCAAAGAUGCAGUGGGAUCGCGCUUUAGCUGCGUGAGUGCGCAAGGCAUCAGCCCCCUCUUUGCGGCAACGGACAGCGGGGCUCGGGAGCUCCUUCGUUCUGUGCUUCGCGGGCUGGUCGACAGCCAAGAGGGUGUGGAAGAAGAACAUCAAGGUGGUGGCGAGGAGACAGAGGAAGGCCACCGAAGAGGAAGCAGACAGAGAAGAAGGAAAGUCUCAGCUCGUCGAGAAGAAGAACGAGAAGAGACAAAAGAGGCUGCAACGAGCAGCAGCGAGGAGGAAGGCGAGGUGCAGACGCAGAGUCUGGUGGGCAGAAAAUACAUGCGUCAGAGAAGCCUGCGAGCGGGACUGGGUGGGAGGAGAGACGCGGAAGAGAAAGCGAAUGAAAUGGCGAGUGCAGAAAGUGGAGUUCGAGAAAAACGAAGAAAAACAAACCUGGGACCUGGACGCCACGAACUCCUCGUCGUGCGCCGUCCGCUCAGAGACGACGAAGACACUGCAGCGCCAGUCUGGGUCGUGAUCGGCGCUGACAUUCGCGAGGCCUAG